AUGAAUUUGUUGAAAACAGGCUCAGGAGGUAAACCCAGCAAUGUUUCGAUAAGUACUGUGUCAACGAGAGUUGAUAACUCGGGGGCUUCUCGUUCGAAGAGAAAGGACAGUUCUAAGGAACUGUCAAAAGAUAAAACGAAACAGAAGAAGCACGAUAAGUACGUGCCAAUGUAUACUAUUUAUACCGAGCUUAAUGAAACUUGGGAGAAUAUUUACCUCGUACAUGAGCAAAAGGUUACCUUCGGCAAGCCUGAGCCCAUGAGGCAUGCAAGGAACAAAAGAGAUCCUAACAGGUAUUGUAAAUACCAUAAGGAUAUUGGGCACACGACCGAAGAAUGCCGCCAAUUAAAAGAUGAGAUAGAAAGUAUCAUCGCUCGAGGCCACUUCAAACAGUAUGUGAAAAGACAAGGCAAUGGACACAACCAACCUAGUCUGCCUAACAACCCAAACAACCAGGGGUUACAACCUCUUCCUGUUGAAAGAGAGGACAUCCUGAUUAUUUCGGGAGGGCCGCAUAUUGCAGGGGAGAGAAAUAACGCCCAAAAGAGAUAUGUGAAAGAGAUAAAGAACGAGCAGUCGACAUUUUCCCCAGAACCUUCCAAGAAGGUGAAAACUGAAGAACCUCCAAUCAUAUUCACGGAGGAAGACAAGAAAAACCUGAGAUAUCCUCACGUCGAUCCAUUGGUGAUUACCAUUCACCUCGCCAAUAAAAGGAUAAAGAGGGUGUUAAUAGAUAAUGGGAGCUCGGUAAAAAUCCUUUAUAAGGAAACGCUGAGGAAGAUGGGGCUCGAAAAGGCCAAAUUGAAACCUUGCAUGGUAAAUCUUUCCGGCUUCACUGGUGACAGUAUUGCUAGUCUAGGAAUAUUUGAGCGCGCAUUAACCUUGAGCGAGCCACCCCUAUCCGCCAUAAUUAUGCAAGACUUUCUAGUUGUCGACCUGCCAUCGACUUACAACAUAUUGUUGGGUCGUCCUGCAUUGAUCAGACUAGGGGUAGUUAGUUCGAUCAAGCACCUAUCCUUGAAGUUCCAAACACCAGAAGGUGUGGGAGUGGUGCAGGGCGACCAGAUGCUAGCUCGCGAUUGCUAUCGCAUAGAGUUGCAGCAUAGAAAAGCGGGUCAUCAAUUAAUGGCAAUCUUGGCAGAAAAAAGUGAAAAGAAGGACAAGGAUCUUGACCCCCGGGUUCAAGAUGAAAGAAACUUAUUAAAACCAAUUGAAGAAUUGGAAGAAGUAAUUCUCGACCAAGGAAAUCCCACAAACAAGAAAUUCGAGUGGAGAAAAGAGUGUGAAGAUGUCUUUCAGAACAUAAAAAGGCAUCUAGCGGCGCCUCCAAUUUUGGCAAAACCAAUAACUGGAAAGACGUUACUUCUCUAUUUGGCUAUCUCGGAAGAUGUGAUUAGUGCAGCUAUAGUGCAAGAAGAGGCUAAGCACCAGUAA